AUGGCACAAGAGUAUGAGUGGACACGUCCGACGACGAACCUCUCAAGCGAUGAAUACCCGUGCUAUGCAGCUCCCAUUUUCCACAAUCGCAUUCAAAACGACCGCUCAGAAGGUCACGAAUACAAGACACCACGAGAAGCCGUUGUCUCUGCACAUUCCCCUGUACGAUUGAGGGCGACUGAUCUAAACCAGAAUGUUCCUCGCGACUCCUCCAAUCGCCCACCCAGCACUCUGUAUCUACCGUAUAAGAAAAAGAAAAAACGGCGACUAUGCGGUUCUCUUUCUCGUCUAGAAGUGUUUUUGCUGUUAACGUGUCUGUUGCUGCUCCUUUCCCUAUCUGGUGUCCUCUUCAUAUGGUUGCUCUGGCUCCAAGGAUAUCGGAUAUUCAACGAAGGCCUUCCUUUGUACGCCCCAAUCCGAAACGCCCUGGAUCGAACGGCUAAAAAUCACCAACAAGUCGUGUGCACGAGCCGGGAAUGCGUCCGGAUUGCCGGCUUUUUGGCCGAAAAUUUAAAUGACAAGAUUGAUCCAUGCAGUGAUUUCUACGAGUUUGCCUGUGGGAAUUACGGCGUCAACCGGAAUCUGGCUGCCAGCAAACCUUUACGGCAUACAAUAAGUGACGUACAGGGACGGUUGAAUAAGCAAGUUCGGUCAAUACUUGAGGCUGACAACAUCCCUACCGACAAGCCGUGGGAUCGACUGGCAAAGGGGUAUUAUAAGAAAUGUUUGGAUGAAGACGAACUCGAAAAGUCUGGUAUCAAGGCCGUGAAGGACGUGCUGGAUUGGGUGGGUGGAUGGCCGACGCUUGAAGGCAGCAGAUGGAAAGGCUGGAGCCGAACAUGGGAGCGCCAGCUGGCCUUGAUCAUGAACAAGACGGGCGUGAAUGCUGUACUCCUUGAACUUGCAGUCACCCACGAUCCGGGAAAUAGUAGUCGUUCUGUCAUCGAGCUUGAUCAGCCUAAAUGGGGCGUAGGCUCUCGUUGGCCCUAUUUGAUGGGUGUCGAAGAUCCGAUGAUCAAGAACUACACAUCGUUGAUGAUCCAGACAGCCAUUACUCUAGGCGCCACACAGGAACAAGCCGAAAAAGACAUGUACGAGGCCAUGGAGCUGGAGAUGAAACUCGUCAACUUCUCCGCAGAAGAACAUGUGCGAAGAGAUCCGGACCGCGGCAACAACCGCUAUUUGAUCAAGGACCUAAAACAGCAUUUUCCUUAUAUUGAUCUUGCCGGGUAUAUCGAAGAGGUUUUUGAAGGGCUGGUUGGGAUCAACGAGAAUGACACAAUCAUCAUUCGUGAAGUCGAUUAUUUUAAGUCGAUCCAGCACAUUCUACGGGAAACUGACAAGCGCGUAAUUGCCAACUACAUCUCUUGGCGGAUAGUUCAGGGCUUUUCUCCUUUCCUUCCUCCUUCAGCUCGCGAGCCUUUCUAUCAAUUCAAGGCCAAUCAGACCGGGAUUUUCAACUCACCACCACCGGACAGGUGGGAAGACUGCGUGACCCUAUCCGUUAUCAUGCUCGACAUGCCAGUGGGCAAGCUGUUCAUCGAAAACUUUUUCGAGCAGGAGAAAGCCCUAGCAAAGAUGAGCGAGCUGACGCACUACUUGAAAAGUGAAUUCAUGAAGCAGCUUCGGGUGUUGGAUUGGAUGGAUGAAGCGACAAGGAAGCGUGCAAUCAAUAAGGCCGAGCGCAUCGAAUACAAGAACGGUUUCCCUCCCUUCCUCUUCAACGAUACGGCUAUGCAAAAGCAUUGGGGCAUGGUAAUCGAGCACAACGAACCGCUCCUCCAUCUAACAAUCAGACUCAAGUUAGAGCGCUACAAAGAGGAACUUGAGCGCCUUGAUGAGCCGCUCGACAGAAGCACCUGGUACCAAAGCCCGGCUCAAGUUGAUGCCUAUUAUGCCCCGAACAACAAUGAGAUGAUCUUCCCUGCCGGUAUCAUGCAGUUCCCAUUCCUGACAAUCGGGGUGCCGAACUAUGUGACAUAUGGGAUGGUUGGCGCUGUGAUUGGUCACGAGGUUUCCCAUGCCUUUGAUGAUCAAGGUGGUCGAUACGAUGAAGUUGGAAACCUGAAUGACUGGUGGGACGCGGAGACGGCGCAAAAGUUUGCUGACAAAACGCAGUGCUUCGUCGAACAAUACGGGUCCGUUGAGAUCAAGGAAGCCGGUAUUCGACUUAAUGGUCGCUUGUCGCUUGGCGAGAAUAUCGCUGACAAUGGUGGCGUGAAGACAGCGUUUAAUGCAUACAAAGCCUGGCGCCGUAACGUCACCGAAGAAGAGGAGCCAGCAUUACCCGGCUUCCAAAACUUCACUUCUGAGCAGAUGUUCUUUUUAGCGUAUGCCAAUAAUUGGUGUUCGGUGGUUCGUCCGAAACACUACGUCCAACUGGUCAUGACUGACGUCCAUGCCCCGUCAAAAUAUCGCGCCAUCAUUCCGCUGCAAAAUCGGAAGGAGUUCGCCGACGCAUGGAAAUGCCACGAUGGCACGAUGAUGAACCCGCGGCAUAAAUGCCAGGUGUGG